GUUGUAUGUUAUGCCUGCGUUUACGUUGCAUACCGUAAAAUAAGACGCUUCAAAGUAAUAUAAAAGUAUAUAGUUUUGAGUCAUUUUGUGAAAGAACCAUGUAACAUACAAUAAAGUACUUUUACUACUGUUCCAACAAAGAGUUUACCGGAAAAGUUGUCAUAUAAUUGCUCAAUAUGAUAGAGUUGCCUCGGUUAACGAGGGCUCUCAGAGCACACACACAGCUUGACAAGCCAAGAUGCCUGAAACCUGUGGUUGACCCAACUAAACCAAACUUAAUUAGGAAAAGAAAAACACAAAGAUUCAAAUCAUUCAGUGAUAUCUACAACUACAUAAAACAGAAUGAAACCAUUGUAGAUCUUAAACUCCUUGAUAACCUUAAAGAGGCUUGCAAGCUUCUCACUGGUGAUCAACCUGAUGAUGUCAUUGAAGAUGCUGCUGUGCUAACACUAAGGAUGUUCCUCGAUCAGGAUAUUGUUAUGCUGAAGCAUCUGACUCAGCUGCGGCAGACUUUUGGAACUGUGAUAUCUUCAACGGCAAAUAAGAUUUGUGAGAUUGUUAAUGAGAUUUCCGUAGUAAUAUCAGAAGACACAAAAGAAUACAUCAGAAAAGAAAUCAGUGAAGAAAACAAGGAAAAUGUAAAACUCUGGGGUGACCAUAUACAAUGCCAUUAUAUUCCAUACAAACCGGCAAAAAAACCUCUUGCCAAGUUACUGAAAAGGCCUGCAACGGACAGCAGUUUUGUGACUGAUUUUUCUAUGAAGUACAGUGCUGAAAGCAGUGGCGAAAAUAGAGCUCCUAAACCUUCGUCAAGUUUGCCAGUUUCCAAGUUCGGCAAAGCAUGGUUGGAAACCAAAGUCACCGAGCUAUACGCAAACAUCCCAGACAUAUCCAGUGCUGACAUCAUGCAAUCUGUCAUCACCCUUCUCAACUCUCCAAGGAGCAAUGACGACAUGCAAAACGAUCUGUUCGAGCUGCUGGGCUUCGACAAGUUCGAGUUCAUUCAGGAACUGCUGGAGCACCGGCAGGAUGUCGUUAACAGUUUGAGAGCGCCGCCGCCGCAACCUACCUUGUCUGAAAUAGCCGCAAUCCUGCCCGAGAACAAAAUGCCCCAGUACCUCUGCCAAGUGUCGGUACAGUCGGAGCAAGAAAAGGCUCUCGCCAAGCUGCAAGCCGCCAAGGUGCGGAAGGAAGGCAAGAAAGGCAAGAACGCGAGGAAGAUCGACGAGGAGGAAGACGAGCCGGAAAUUAAUAUUGCCCAGAUGAGGGCCAAAAGGAUAUCAGAACUAACAAAGCCAGUGGUACCAUUCUCGACGUCAAAGAGGGAAGUAGAUCCAGUGUUGCAGAAGAUAUCAUACUUCCAAACGAAAGUGCAGUACCCAAACGUAUACGACUCCUCAAUUGAUGCUAAGAACUCCGCAGGUUUCGUGUCGGGAAUGAAACUGCUACUUCCCGAGAACGCCGUGAGGAAGGAUUACAAAGAAUACGAAGAAGUCAUCAUACCUAAGACCGACCAAGCGCCGCUCUCGGUCGGCAACAACCGCGUGCCCAUCUCCGACAUGGAUGAGAUAGGCCAAAUGGCAUUCGAGAACAUCAAAGAACUGAACCGCAUCCAGUCGGUAGUGUUCCAAACGGCGUACAACACGAAUGAGAACCUGCUCAUAUGCGCCCCAACGGGCGCGGGCAAGACCAACAUAGCCUUGCUGACAGUGGUGCAUCAGAUCAAGCAGCACAUCGAGAACAACGUCAUUAUGAAGAACAAGUUUAAGAUCAUCUACAUAGCGCCCAUGAAAGCGCUUGCGUCUGAAAUGACGGCGAGCUUCGGGAAGCGUCUGCGCGGCUUGGGGAUCGCGGUGCGCGAGUUGACUGGUGACAUGAAGCUGACGAAGACUGAGGUGCAGCAGACGCAAAUGAUCGUCACCACCCCGGAGAAAUGGGACGUCGUCACUAGGAAGGGAGCCACUGACACGGAGCUCGCGUCCAUAGUGAAGCUGCUGAUUAUCGACGAGGUCCACCUGCUCCACGGCGACAGAGGGCCGAUAGUGGAAGCGAUAGUUGCGAGGACACUUCGCCAAGUCGAGUCCAGCCAGAACAUGAUACGCAUAGUCGGGCUUUCGGCGACGCUGCCUAACUAUUUGGAUGUUGCCCGGUUCUUGAGAGUGAACCCGAAUAUUGGGCUGUUCUUCUUCGACUCGCGGUUCCGGCCGGUCCCGCUCGAGCAGCAGUUCGUGGGGGUGAAGGAAGUCGGCAGCGGAGGGGGGGCACAUCUUAGACAGAUACAAAUAAUGAACGACAUAUGCUACGACAAAGCAUCCGACAUGGUCCAAAAGGGUCACCAGGUUAUGGUGUUCGUCCACGCGCGGAACGCCACGCACACCACCGCCAUGGUCCUAAAGGAGCUAGCCCAGAAGAAGGGCCACCUAAAACACUUCGAGCCUGAGGACUCGGGGGGGUUCCUAAAGGCGAAAAAAGCUAUUAGUAGCAGUCCUAAUAAGGUGCUAAGCGAGCUGUUUGCGGCUGGGUUCGCGUGCCAUCACGCUGGCAUGCUGCGGAGUGAUAGGAAUAUGGUGGAGAGAUAUUUCUCUGAAGGCUACAUAAAGGUGCUCGUGUGCACGUCCACUUUAGCUUGGGGGGUAAACUUGCCCGCACAUGCAGUUAUUAUAAGGGGUACGGAAAUCUACGACCAAAGUCACGGCACAUUCGUGGACCUCAGUAUUCUGGACGUAUUGCAAAUCUUCGGGCGCGCCGGGCGGCCUCAGUUCGACAAGUCCGGCACGGGCAUUAUAAUAACCACCCACGACAAGCUCACGCAUUACCUCAAAUCGAUGACCAAUCAGUUCCCGAUUGAGAGUAACUUUAUCAAUCUGUUGGCUGAUAACUUGAAUGCUGAGGUGGCGUUAGGAACUGUCACGAAUAUAGAUGAAGCAGUAGAAUGGCUGAGUUACACGUACUUAUUUGUGCGCAUGAGGAUCAAUCCACAGGUAUAUGGCCUGACCUAUGGCGACGUUCAAGAAGAACCAAUGUUGGAGACUAAACGCAGGCAGCUUAUCACAGCGGCGGCCAUGACGCUCGACAAAACACACAUGAUACGGUACAACGAGCGGACCGGCGAUCUUAACAUUACAGAUUUGGGCCGAACCGCCAGCCACUACUACAUAACCUGCGAAACUAUGGAAGUGUUCAACUCUAUGGUUCGCAAAUCCAUGACACAGGGCUACGUUUUAGAGAUGCUUACGAGGUGCUCGGAUUUCCAACAGCUCAAAGUGCGUAAAGAAGAGCUCACAGAACUGUGGAACCUCAAGGACCAGUAUUGCGAAUUACGUAUAGAGGACCCCCCCGAAGACAUUCACUGGAAAAUCAACAUCCUGCUGCAGACUUACUUGUCAAGGGGCCGCGUCAACGGGUCGUCGCUACAGUCCGAUUUGAACUAUAUUAGCCAGAAUGCGGUGCGCAUAAUACGCGCACUGUUCGAGAUCACGCUUCGCAAAAACAACGCCUAUAUGGCAGCGCUUUACCUCAAGAUGGCGAAGAUGCUCGAACUGCAGCAGUGGGACUUCUACAGCGACAUGCGGCAGUUCAACUGCUUCCCUAACGAGGUGCUCAAGCAUAUCGAGUACCCGAUGCUCAAGCCGGAUCAGAUCCGGGAUAUGGAUUGGAAGGAAGUUGGUGACCUUAUAAGAAACCCAAAAGCAGCCCGGCACCUAAAGAAGUGUGCCGACGAGUUCCCUCUACUGGAGAUGGAAGCCAGUCUGCACCCCAUAACGAGAACCGUGCUUCGGAUACGACUCACCAUCACGCCUAAUUUCAAAUGGAACGAUAAAUAUCACGGGAAAGCGCCCGAAGCAUUCUGGAUAUGGGUGGAGGACCCUGACAAUGACAUUAUGUAUUACAACGAGUUUUUCCUCAUCACAAAGAAACAAGUAAUAACAAAUGAACCACAAGAACUCAUAAUAACGAUACCGAUCACAGAACCUCUGCCCCCGCAAUAUUACAUUAGAGCAACAUCUGAAAGAUGGCUGGGUUCUGAAAGCGUGUUGCCCUUGACGUUCCAGCAUCUAAUUUUGCCUGAAACGCAUCCGCCGCACACAGACCUACUAGAGCUCCAGCCGCUCCCAGUGACGGCGCUCAACAACCCGUCGUACGAGAUGCUGUACAACUUCAGCCACUUCAACCCCAUCCAGACGCAGAUCUUCCACUGUCUGUACCACACGGACAACAACGUGCUGCUCGGAGCGCCCACCGGCUCCGGCAAGACCAUCGUCGCUGAAGUGGCCAUGUUUAGGGUGUUCAACCAAUAUCCCGGGUGUAAGGUAGUUUACAUUGCACCUUUAAAAGCUCUUGUGAAGGAGCGCAUCAAAGAUUGGAAAAUAAGACUGGAAGAGAAAAUGGGCAAGAAAGUCGUCGAGUUGACAGGUGACGUGUCCCCGGAUAUCCGGGCUAUCCGCAGCUCCCACGUGAUAGUGACCACGCCCGAGAAAUGGGACGGCAUCAGUCGCUCGUGGCAAACCAGAAAUUACGUGCGAGAUGUAGCGCUUAUAGUCAUCGACGAAAUACACCUCUUGGGCGAGGACAGGGGGCCGGUUUUGGAAGUUAUAGUGUCAAGAACAAACUUUAUUGAGUCUCAUACGUCAAGAAGGCUGCGGAUUAUCGGUUUAUCCACAGCGCUCGCGAACGCUAAAGACUUGGCGAAUUGGUUGAACAUUGGCGAAAUGGGGCUGUACAACUUCAGGCCUUCGGUGCGACCGGUGCCUUUGGAGGUGCACAUAUCAGGGCACCCAGGCCGCCACUACUGCCCGCGCAUGAUGACCAUGAACAAGCCCACGUUCCAGGCCAUCCGCCAGCACUCGCCCGCCGCGCCCGCGCUCGUCUUCGUCUCCAGCCGAAGACAGACCAGGUUAACAGCAUUAGAUCUAAUCGCGUACCUCGCGGCCGAAGACAACCCAAAACAAUGGCUGCACAUGCAAGAGUCAGAAAUGGAGCAAAUCCUGUCGAACAUUCGGGAAUCCAACCUCAAGUUGACCCUGGCGUUUGGUAUCGGCAUCCAUCACGCGGGCUUGCACGAGAGAGAUAGAAAUACUGUUGAAGAGUUGUUUAUCAAUCAGAAGAUUCAGGUCCUAAUCUGCACGGCAACGCUGGCGUGGGGCGUGAACUUCCCCGCGCACCUUGUAGUGAUCAAGGGCACGGAGUACUUCGACGGCAAGCAGAAGCGAUACGUGGACAUGCCCAUCACGGACGUACUGCAGAUGAUGGGCCGCGCCGGCCGCCCGCAGUAUGACAACGAAGGUGUCGCAGUCGUGCUCGUACACGACCAGAAGAAGAACUUCUACAAGAAGUUCCUGUACGAGCCGUUCCCCGUCGAGUCCAGCCUUCUCGAGGUGCUCGCCGACCAUCUCAACGCCGAGAUCGUAGCUGGUACUGUACAAUCAAAGCAGGAUAUCCUCGACUACCUGACAUGGACGUAUUUCUUCCGGCGCCUGCUCAAGAACCCAUCGUAUUACAACUUGGAGAGCUUAGAGCCUCAAGACAUCAACUACUAUCUGUCGAAUCUGGUGCAGACAUCGCUUGACGCUCUGAGCAGUGCCAACUGUGUGGAGAUCGAAGAGGACCAACGUACACUCCACACAACAUGGAUGGGCCGUAUCGCCUCUUACUAUUACUUGUCUCACAAAACGAUGGCUCACUUCAGCCAAUCACUACACGGUGACUUGGACUUUGACAUGUUGCUACGCGUUCUCAGCGACUGCGAGGAGUACGCCACGAUACCUGUGAGACAUAACGAAGAUGUGCUUAACGGCGAGCUGUCGCAGCAAUGCCGGCUGCCGGUGGACCCGCUGUCCCUCGACUCGUCCAACGUGAAGGCGUUCCUGCUGCUGCAGGCGCACAUGUCGCGCCUCACGCUGCCCAACACCGACUAUCUCACCGACACCAAGUCUGUGCUCGACCAGACUAUAAGGAUCUUACAGGCAAUGAUAGAUACGUCCGCCGAAAACGGAUGGCUGUCCGCCUGCCUCUCGUGCCAGAUGCUGAUGCAAUGCAUCGUGCAAGCACGCUGGCCCUCCGACUCCCCCCUCACCACCCUGCCCCACGUGGAGUCUCACCAUCUCUACAUGUUCACCAACAUGACCAACGACUCCAGGAAACCGUGUAACACGCUCAAUGGGCUGAAACACGCGAGCAUAAAGAGUUACGAAACACUCGCCAAGCCUUUGAGGAGGGAGUUUGAGGAGAAUCAGAUUGAGCAGAUCCAUAGGGCAAUAUGUGAUCUCCCGACCCUGGACCUAAAACUAGCGGUGCGCGGGUUAUGGUUCGAUGCAGAUGGUGAGCAAGACAAACUCUUGAGGCAGCCACCAGCCAGGGACCACUGGAUACCGCUACACGCUGAACAGGAAUACACGCUAAUGGUGGAGAUGCAACGGCGCGGCGGCAACCCCAACAACGUGCUGUGUCCGCGCUUCCCGCGCGGCAAGAACGAGGGCUGGUUCCUGACGCUCGGCACCAUCGAGCACGGCGAACUGCACGCGCUCAAGCGACUCCCGGCCAGGGGCAAGGCGCAAAUCACCUUUUACACGCCGAACUAUAGAGGUCGCAUCAUCUACACUGUGUAUCUUAUGAGCGAUUCUUAUAUGGGCUUGGACCAGCAGUAUGACCUCCAAUUUGAAAUCAUGGACCCCUUACCGGAGGAGCGCGUGGAAAGAGUGUAUAAUACCAUAGACAAAACAAUUAUUGAGUGAAGAUGUAUCGAUAAUAAAUUAUUUUGAUUGUUGUUUAA